AUGUUUCUUCACCAUUUUCACACUACACUUUGUGACACAUACAGUAUGUAGGCUAUGUGGGUGAUCUGAUCACUUAACCUACACACUUCCUGUUUUUCUUUCUCCAGCAAAAACAAACCGAAGAGCUUUCCCCCCAAUCACAUCAGUGUCAAACCGACAAGGAUACGUUACCAUGACUGACACCAUCACUCUGCUCACCUUCAGCCUUUUUCUCAUUCUUCAGAAUGUGUGUUCACAGGGUGACUUCUAUGUGAGUGCCCCUCUGGACCAUACGCUGAAUGAAGACGGAUCGGUCAAUGUCACAUGUGAGCACGAUGAACACAAAGACUGGGAAUGGGAUGCCAAGCUGAAAAUGAAGGGGGGCGAAGUUGUCUGCGAGGUUUCUCCCCAAAAUAGUAUGAAUUCAAAAUGCACAUGGUUGCGCGAGGGAGAAAACAAAUUCAAGUUCACCUUGAAAAACCUGGAGGCCAGACACAAAGACGAACUGUUUUUUUGUGAGAUAUCCAAAGUAAGACCUAUACCAAUCAAAUCUAUAAAAGGAAAGGAGACCAAGCUUUUCCAAGGAAGUAAUAUUCCUUUUCCUCCACCGGGGAGAACGUGUUCAUGCCCUACCCCAACAUCUGGACUAAAGAGUUGCCCGCCACCAAACUCACCUGGAAAUAAAUACGAGCUUUUACUCUGUGUUAUGCUUAUUUGGGUGGUGCUCCUCUUGCUCUAUAGUGCGAUUAUCACCGGUGUCUACAUCAGACUGAGGGUCACAAAAGUUGAGUCUUCUGACAUUCCAACGUAUAUGCCGAUGAAGAGGAAAGUAAAACGGCAUGAUGCAGACAACACAGAAUAUGAAGACAUGCGUAAAGUGCAGAAGCAAGGACACAUCAGAGAUAGUAACUACAACUGCUGAAAACACCAACUUUAGUUUACGCUGGUUUAUGGCGGUUUAGCUGGCUGACUAAGGAACUCUUAAUGGAAACCCUGUGUGUAAGAAGCAUGCUGUAGGAUGGAAAUAUAUAAUUAGUCAAACCAAGACUAUCGCAGGACAACAUUAUAGACUAUAUUGAUUGCCUAUAUUGCUGCACCCGAUUCACCUGGUCAAAAAACACAAACCCAUGAUCUUAUUGCAUAUGUUGCCAAAUAUUUUUGUAUAACCUCUAUGUAUUAUUUCAAUUCUUUGGCUAUGUCAAGCUGAAAGUGUAUAAAGUUUCUUGCUUGGCCAUUAUUGGUCCCAUGGACCAUAUAUUGUUGAUAAAUAGCAUUUAUCAAAAUGAUGUAAGGAAUGCUUAACCUUUGUAUUAUUUUAAAUAUAUAAUAUCGUAAGAUGUGUGUGUUCAUUUGACAGAUUACUGCACUAGUAUUUUGCAAUUAGACCUAUAAUUAGGGUUACUCUUAUAUUUAAUGAAAAUAAAUAAUUUGGUUUAGGAAAAGAGGAUUACAGGGAUACAGAUAAUCGUUCUAGUGCAUUCUUCAACAUGUUAAAUAAAGCCAUUGACUGAUCAUGAAAUUAUGAUGUAACAACUAAGGAUUCACACACUCUCAGUAGCAAAGGUAUACAAAAGCUGUCACUGGGGUGGUGGAACCCUUUCAAAAAGUACACUUUUGCACCUAUAAAUAGUGCAUAUCAGUACCUCUAAGGUACAUAUUAGGACAUUUUUAAUAUACGUUUUACGAUAGGCCUAUACGUCAUAGUGACAGCUUUUGUAUCCUUCUGGUGUGUGAAGAACAAGUGCAUUUGGCAUGUUGUCAGCAGAGUUCAUAAUGAAUACUUUAGUUUGUAGUUAUAGUUUAUGCCUGUGGAAUUUACAGUAUAUGUCGGUGGAACCUACGGUAUAUGUCUUAACCACAAGUUCAUGCAGGCACUCGUGAAUGAUCUAAGAUACUAUGUAUAUGCGUGGCAUAUACAUCACAUGACAAUAAUUAAUAACCAUGAUCAAUACAUAACUUCAAAUGAAAAGUUUCAAUUUUAAUUUUCUGUUGUUUGCUGUUGACUGAUAAAAAAGACAAUUUUCAAUGUAAAUGUCACUGAAUCUUUCCUACUGAAGUUGUAAAUAACUUGUAAAACAUCUUGCAACUACAACAUUUACAUUUACACAUUUGGCAUACGCUUUUAUCCAAAGCGACUUACAUUGUAUUAUACUACUAUCAGUGUUGGGUAAGUUACUCUGAAA